GUUUAGAAAUGUCAAAUUGUCAAGCUCGAACAAAAAAUUUGGGGGCGUAAAACAUUGAAGUAAAUCUAGAUAAUACUAAAAAACCUUUAAAACAGUAAAUACAAGCUUUUUGGGAGCAGUAAAAUCGUUUUUUUGUAUAAUGUAAGAAUCACUCCUUAAUAAAUCUUAUGGCACUGCCUGUGGGGUGUUUUCCCAGAAAUUAUUUUUUGUUUCUAUUGUAAACAGGUCGUGAUAAGCUUGUCUGCAUUCUUAGAAAAUGGCUGAUUUGAUUCGCGCUAUGGGGGCUCCAAUUGGACCCCCUGUAAAGGACAAGUUAGGAUCGCCAUCUACCGAGUCCGAGGAUGGAGGUGGCGAUAUUGCUGAACUUGCAGGCGAUUUAGAAAUAUAUGAACCAAAUGGUCCCAAUGCUAAUGGUGAGCGUGAAGCAGUUCUUGCUCCCCCAGAAACUGAGUGGUAUCAUGGUCGCCUCGACAGAUACACAGCAGAGGAAAGACUAUGGAAGGCAGCAAAUCUUGGGAGUUAUUUAGUCCGAGAAAGUGAUAGAAAGCCUGGAUCAUAUGUGCUAAGUUAUUUGGGAAGGACAGGAAUUAAUCACUUCAGGAUAACAGCAGUAUGUGGUGAUUACUAUAUUGGUGGACGUCAGUUUGAUUCUUUAACUGAACUAGUGGGCUUUUAUAGUCAUUGUUCAGAUUUGCUAAAGAGGGAGCGACUUGUUGAACCUGUGCCGCCUCCAGAACCAGUCAAUGAUAAAAAGAGAGUAGUUGCUAUACUUCCAUACACCAAGAUGCCUGACACUGAUGAGCUGACAUUUCAAAAAGGAGAUAUAUUUUUUGUCCAUAAUGAUAUGGGUGAUGGCUGGUUAUGGGUCACCGCACAUAGAACGGGUGAACAAGGAAUGAUCUUCAGGGAGCUCGUCGAAGAUUUGGACCCAUCAAUCGAUCCAAACACUGUCUUCUCAUGGUUCCACCCUAACUGUACGAAGAGUGAAGCAGUUGAUAUGUUGGUCAAAGCUGGUCCCGGUAGCUUUUUAGUUCGACCUUCAGACAACUCGCCCGGUGACUACUCCCUGUUCUUCCACAUCAACAACCAAAUACAAAGGUUCCGGAUAGAAAAAAAGGGAGUGAGAUAUCUCAUGGGAGGUAGAACGUUUGAAUGCCUCGAUGCUGUCAUUAAUAGAUAUAGGAAGGAACAGAUUGUGGAAGGACACACGUUGGGUCAACCGCUCAUCGCCGAAGGUCAUGUAAUAGAACCGCAACAGAAUGCUACAGGAGCUGCGGCUGAGAAGAUAUAUGCGACCUUGCGUGAAUGUAGGGAUCAAAUCGGCCUGAAGAAGAUGAAGGGUAUCAAACACCAGGGGUACUUGAACAAGAAAUCGGAUAAGGUGUCCAAGAAAUGGAAGGCUUUAUACUUCGUGUUGUUACAAGAAGGGACUGACACGCAUUUGUAUUUCUACGAUUCGCCGAAGAGGACCAAACCCAAGGGGUUGAUUGACUUGUCUUGCGCCUAUCUAUAUCAGGUGCACGAAUCGUUGUGGGACAGAGAGUUUUGUUUCCAACUGGUGGAGAGAGCUCUGCCUUGUUUGUCGACGCAUACUUUCUUAGCGGCUAACACCGCGACUGAGGAACGCGCUUGGCUUGAUGCUUUGCGGCCAUUAUGCGUCCCGCAGCAAGCACGCCAUCAGAGCAAGGUGGCGCGCGUAGUAUGGCUUCGUGCAUUACGCGUGCGAUGCCUCACAGCGCAUCGCUUGCCGGGUCGUCUCGCCCCGCGGCCUUACUUGCGGCUGUCGUUGGGUGCCGCGCCUGUUGCCCGCACCCGUCCCCGACCCUCGCCCGACCCACACUGGGACGACGAGUUCGUGUUCGACGAUGUCCCGCCAGAUGUUACUUCAUUCACUAUCACAGUUCAUAACACUGGAAAAAGGGGAAAGGAAUCGGAGGUGGCUGAGCUGACGAUAGAAUUGGCAAACUUGGCUAACGGGGAAGAAAUAGAAGAAUGGUACCCUUUGGCGGGCAUGACUCCUAUAGGCGAAUGGGGCUCUUUGAGGCUGCGUAUCAGAUAUAUGCAAGAGUUGGUGAUGCCUCGCGAGGAGUAUAAUCCUCUACGGCAACUGUUGUUGGAGCCGGGCUUACCGGCCGUCAAGGCACUGGCAGAUCUUUGCCGCACGGACAGACAACCUUUAGCUACUUCAAUAUUGCACGCGUUCACGGAAUGCGGUCGCGGCGCGGAGUUAGCGCGGGAACUAGUCAGUGCGGAGUUAGCUCGCGAAGCGGACCCGCGCGCCAUGUUCCGCGCCGCCUCGCUCGCCACCGCCGUCGUGGACGAGUUCAUGCGCGGCCAGUGCAAGCCUUUCCUGCAGGCAGCAAUAUCGGAAACAGUGCAGAAGCUUAUAGACGCCAAGCAGUCCGCUGAACUGAACCCCACCAAAAUGGACUCCCCUGACGAUGCUUGUAACAAUGCUGAAUUUCUGCUCAUGAUACUUGACCAGAUUACAUUGUCAAUUUUCACUUCGCCCGAGGCGUGUCCGCGACCAGUGCGGUACUUGUGCGGUUGUCUACAACGAGCGGCGGUCGCCAAAUGGCCGAACGAGAGAUUCGUGCGGACUAGAGUUGUUUCAGGGUUCAUUUUCCUGCGGCUGAUCUGCCCGGCCUUAGUUGAGCCGCGAGCAUGGGGUUUAGUAGGCGCCGCACCGCCACCUCACGCUCAACGUUCUUUACUAAUGGUAGCGAAGUGCCUACAGAAUCUCGCCAAUCUCAUCGAGUUUGGUGCCAAGGAGCCUUACAUGGAGGUUGUUAAUCCUUUUAUUCUGAAGAAUAAAGAGCGGAUGGUGGUAUUUCUGGACCAACUAAGCAAUGUUCCCGAUCCUGGAAACCCGCCACCCAAUACUAAUAAUAACUUUGAUAUAGCAAAAGAGUUGGCAACACUCCACCACAUUUGCGUGUCGCAUUUAACCGAGCUACAAGGACUGGGGCGCUCGCAGCCGGCCAUAAGGAAACUGGUGACCGUCACCGAAAUGCUCACCAAACACAAGCACAAGUACCUCGAGAUGAUCAGAUAGGGGGAUCCCGUCGUACAGGGUAACUCAAUAUAACUCCAUCGCAUACGGUAUAUAAUCUAGUUAUUAAUCCUCCGGUGUAAAUUAAUUGUAUCCCGAAUGGACGUUUUCAAUAAUCUAUCAUUAGUGAAGAAUAGUAGGUUUGCUUCAGUUCUAUUAAGUUACAAAAAAUUGUUUUUACUGAGAAUUUGAAAUAAUGUCAAAGUUAACAAAACUGCUUUUUACUAAUGAUCGAUAGAAUGAGACAGCCCGUUAGUGGUAUACGCGUAGUCAUUAUUAGCUUUAGCCCCUUAUUUUAGAUAACUAUUCAAACAUCACUUAAUUUUGUGCUUCCUCGUGCCAAAAUCCUUGGGCGUUUAAAGUAGCUCUAUUACAGCUUUAAGGUAUACGAAAAGUACAUUGAAUUAUAUUAUCAACAUAAUAUUGUCUUUAUUAAUGUAUUAUUAUUAUUGAUUAAGAAUAUAUUUUUGUUUUGAAUGUAUGCAACAGUGGCGGAAAGUGAUUUACCAAUCAACUGGUAUAUUUUUGUUUUGGAUAUUUUGAACGCCCAAUUACAGUAAUGAUGCAAGUGGUAUUGUUAUAAGUUGUAUUCUUUAAUCGUAUCGCGAUAUAUUUUAACUGCCUACGAAACGUUUAUUUAAAUAAUUAGGGCUCUCUAGUAUUUAUAGGUCAAUAUUUAUUGGUAGUACGUAUUAACGGUAAGUUUACAAGCAUUUAUUUAGUUUCUUAUACGUCGAAGAGUGGAAUUUAGACAAGCUAGACGUUAGGUAAGCACAAGAGCCUUAUGCGUACUAAAAAUACUGUAAACACGUAUUUUUUAUAAACCCACAACAAGGCUUCAUGUUGUCAUUUGUCACAAACAUAUAAAGAUCACUAUACAAAAUUUUAAUGAUAAGUGUAGUUGGACAGCAUAUAAAAUUUCAUACAUUGUUUGACAUAAAGCGUAUUUUCUUACCCCAAUUUGACUAUGUUUACAAGUUUCUGUUCAUUUCGUGUUUUUCUCAAAAUAUUAAGGAGACAUUAGUAAUUGCACUUGUAAUCUUUUUUAUAAAUAGUAUUAAGAGAAAAAUGCGGCUAUCAUGAGCUUAUUAUAAACUUGAGAUUUUAUAAUUCCAGGAAUUUUGUGUUGUAAUGUUGGCCCUCCACUCUCUAAUGGGGGUGCUCUGUUCCCUUUACUAAACUAAUUCAAAAUAGUUUAUUCAGGUUAGGCUGUUAAAAUUAUAUGUCAAAUAACGCCAUCGGGUUUUCUCAAACACUUGAGUAUGUCGAUAGCUGUUUAUGUUCAUCGAAAGGUCUUUUUUUAUUUCAUAAUGAAUCACUACGGCAGAUUCACAUAACCAGAGGAUUUGAUUUUUUAAUAUACCUAACUCUUUAUUUAACAAUUUACAUAUUAGUAUUAGCAAAUAGUAUUUGCACAGUGAAUUUAACUUCAAGGCAAUUCGAUUAUUCUUCCAAACUAAGGAAACUGGCAGAGUGGCUUAGGUCGACCAAUCAAAAUAGAGCUGUGCUGUAUCAGCUUCUCUUAAAUCAUAACGAGGAAACAAACGGUACUUGCUGCUUUGUGGCUGUUUUUGUUAAUACAGGGUAGCCGGUGGCCACUGAUAGAAUGGGUUCGUGUCAGUUCCAAAAGUUAACAGAAUAAAGCACACUUGCGGUCUUAACUUAUUCUGUCAACAAAAAGAACUGAGACUAUGCUAUGAACCUUUUCUUCCAAGUUGCACUGUAUCAUGAGCACAGCUCAGUGGUGGCUCGGUGAUUGGUCACUUUUACUGUAUUAAUACUAUGACUUGUUAGAAAUAUUUAUUGUAACAAUCGAUCUUCACUGAUAAGACACCAAAAAUUUUAACUAUGUAAUAAAAUGUUAUAAAUGCGAAAGAGAUAGGUAAGGAAACGGUGUUCCUUACCAAUCGAAGGGUUUUCAAUGUGACAUUGCACUUAAAUUAUUGCAAUUCAUCUCAACUAUGAUAAUUGAUUCUCUGUGAUAAUUGAUGUUUUCUUUUCUGAAUCUAUGCAUUUAUUUUAUAAUUGAUCUUUAUGGAUCAAUUUAUUAUAAAAAUCCAAGUUAUUCAAUUUUCAUACAGGUUACAAAAUGUGUUAAUUAUUCGAUGAGACAUGAUUGCUUUUUUAUUAGCUGCGUAAAUAUAAUUAGGGGGGCUUAGAAUAAUAACGUCUAGAAGCCUAGUACACGCACGAAAAAGGCGCAACUCAAAGUGAGCCUGAUAUGGCUUAAUUCAUUCCGCGAGCUGUCAAUCCUCAACGGCGCGUCGCGCCGUGCAAGACUCGGAAAAAAAAUUAAAAAAUGAUAGUUUUUAUCUUGUAUAAAUAUAUUUUUAAAAAUAGUUCUUAUUACAUUACAUUCUUAUUACACAUAAGAAAACCAAAAUAAAGGGAGAGAAUAAACAUUUCACGUGUAAUCUAUACAUUCAUGUACAUAUGUCGACUAAAAAUCAAUGAUUUAUACACACAACUUUUUACAGUACAAUGUUACUAGUUGUGAGAAAAAAUGUAUAAUUUAACAUAAGAAGGAGAUAGAAAGCCUCUUUUGACUUUGUUUCGCCGGUUCUUCUCAGAAAGGUCUCCCAAUUUUGGAACCGGUGGUAGUUUACGGUAGUUAGGGUCAAAUAAAUAAACUCAAAAUAACAAAAAAGAAUUUAAAAUAAAAUACUUUAUUAACUAAAUUAUAAGUAAUAAAUUCAUACAUAGACAAUAAAACUUUAGAAAUCGAACAAUAAAAUAACUGAACGCUCAAUAAAAGUCUUUCGAAGGUAGCUCGACAAAAUUAAAUAAAAAAUCAUUCUGACGAAGCAGCCUGAAAAGGCUGCGAAACGUCAAUAAAUAAAUAAAGUUUCGUGCAUUAACCCGUUAAAAUUAGUUUUAUUUAAAAAAUUGUACACAAUAUUUUCAUUAAUUCUUAGGUCAACGUUGUUAUUGUUUACUUUUUAUUUGGUUGUUUUCUUUGGGUAUCUCUGAUAGGUAUUAAUUUAUGUAAAAAUAAUAUAUUGGUGUUACCAGCUCUAUAAAAAAUAAUUUCCUUAAUACUUAAUGGUUGAAAAGUACAAUACUUUGGCAUCGUAUAGCAAAGCAUCACCGUUUCUCCAAUUUGUGGGAUUGCGACUUGUGACGGUAACACUAAAACUUGUGUACGUAGAUACAUUUAUUUUACGCACACAAGAAAAUGAAUUCGGCACGUAUUACUAUGGCUUAGGCUUCUAGGCGUUAUUAUUCUAAGUAUGGGGGUUAAUGUAUACCUAGUGCCAUAUACUGUACUUAUAUAUUUACUCAUCUUGUACUCAUAAGAGCCACAUGGCACCCGACCAGCACCACCUUAUUAGGUGCUAACUGCACCUGUAUUCUUUAUAAUGGACUUCUAUGAACAUGCGCUUAUUACAUCAACUCCGGACCACUUUUUUAUAUAUAGGUCUGAUAAAUGUCUCCAUCCCACUUGAUGUUUAGUGACGGUGGAGUCCCGACGCGAAGAUAGCUUGUACAGCAGUUUUACCUGCGGCACCAGCCAUCCUCACCUUGCUGGCCAGCAUGUUGCUUCUUCACGCCUCUUUUAAAGGAUCUCAGGUUGUAUGAGGGAAGGAACACGUGAGCGGGCAAAGCAACUUUACUCGCAAGCUGACCACGCGUGGACCA